AGCCAAGCGCUCACUUCCGGGCGGUGGAGGCUGUGGAGGUGGUGGAGGCUGUGGAGGUGGCGGAGGCGGCGGUGGUGACCCGCUAGCUGUGGACACAGGAUGCCUCUAGUAUGACAGGUGCAGAGAUCCUCCCUGCUUUGUAACCAUGAAGGAGACUGAUCGGGAGGCUGUCGCGACAGCAGUUCAGAGGGUUGCUGGAAUGCUGCAGCGCCCGGACCAGCUGGACAAAGUGGAGCAGUAUCGCAGAAGAGAGGCCCGGAAGAAGGCCUCUGUGGAGGCCAGAUUAAAGGCUGCAAUCCAGUCACAGUUGGACGGCGUGCGCACGGGCCUGAGCCAGCUCCAUAACGCGCUGAAUGACGUCAAGGCCAUCCAGCAGUCCCUGGCGGAUGUCAGCAAGGACUGGAGGCAGAGCAUCAACACCAUCGAGAGCCUCAAGGACGUGAAGGACGCGGUCGUGCGACACAGCCAGCUUGCCGCCGCCGUGGAGAACCUGAAGAACAUCUUCUCAGUGCCCGAGAUCGUGAGGGAGACGCAGGACCUUAUAGAGCGUGGGGAGCUGCUGCAAGCCCACCGGAAGCUGAUGGACCUGGAGUGCUCCCGGGACGGGCUGAUGUAUGAGCAGUACCGCAUGGACAGCGGGAACGCACGCGACAUGACGCUCAUCCGCAGCUACUUCGGGAGCACGCAGGGCCUGUCCGAUGAGUUGGCCAAGCAGCUGUGGGUGGUGUUGCAGAGGUCGCUGGUCACCGUGCGCCGGGACCCCACCCUGCUCGUCUCCGUCGUCAGGAUCAUUGAGAGGGAAGAGAGGAUCGACCGGCGCAUUCUUGACCGGAAGAAGCAAACUGGCUUUGUGCCCCCUGGAAGACCCAAGAACUGGAAGGAGAAGAUGUUCACCAUCCUGGACAGAACGGUGACCACCAGGAUCGAGGGUACGCAGGCAGACACCAGGGAGUCGGACAGGAUGUGGCUUGUACGCCACCUGGAGAUCAUACGGAAGUACGUGCUGGACGACCUCAUCGUCGCCAAGAACCUGCUGGCGCAGUGCUUCCCACCACACUACGAGAUCUUCCGGAGCCUGCUUCGCACGUACCACCAGGCUCUGAGCGCACGCAUGCAGGACCUUGCGGCGGAGGACCUGGAAGCGAACGAGAUCGUCAGCCUGCUGACCUGGGUUUUGAACACUUACACCAGCGUGGAGAUGAUGGGGAAUGCGGAGCUGGCCCCCGAGGUGGACGUGGCCCUUCUGGAACCUUUGCUCUCCGCAGACGUGGUCUCUGUACUGCUCGACACCUACAUGUCCACUCUGACUUCCAACAUCAUUGCCUGGCUGCGGAAAGCCCUGGAAACGGACAAGAAGGACUGGGUGAAGGAGACGGAGCCCGAGGCCGACCAGGACGGCUACUAUCAGACGACACUGCCUGCCAUCGUGUUCCAGAUGUUCGAGCAGAACCUUCAAGUUGCUGCUCAGAUAAGUGAAGAUUUGAAAACAAAGGUACUAGUUUUGUGUCUUCAGCAAAUGAAUUCUUUCUUAAGUAGGUACAAGGAGGAGGCGCAGCUGUACAGAGACGAGCACCUGCGGAACCGGCAGCACCCGCACUGCUACGUGCAGUACAUGGUCGCCCUCGUCAACAACUGCCAGACCUUCAAAGAAUCUGUAGUCAGUUUAAAAAGGAAGUAUCUGAAGCACGAGGCGGAAGAAGGCAUUUCUCUGAGCCAGCCAAGCAUGGAUGGGGUUUUGGACGCGAUUGCUAAAGAGGGCUGCGGCAGCCUGCUGGAGGAAGUCUUCCUGGACCUGGAGCAACAUCUCAAUGAGUUGAUGACAAAGAAGUGGCUGUUAGGGUCAAAUGCUGUAGACAUCAUCUGUGUCACUGUGGAAGACUAUUUCAAUGAUUUUGCCAAAAUUAAGAAGCCGUAUAGAAAGCGGAUGAUCGCCGAGGCGCACCGGCGCGCGGUGCAGGAGUACCUGCGGGCCGUCAUGCAGAAGCGCAUCUCCUUCCGCAGCGCUGAGGAGCGCAAGGACGGCGCGGAGCGCAUGGUGCGCGAGGCCGAGCAGCUGCGCUUCCUCUUCCGCAAGCUGGCUUCGGGCUUUGGAGAGGAGAUGGACAGCUACUGUGACACCAUCGUCGCCGUCGCAGAGGUCAUUAAGCUCACGGACCCUUCCCUGCUCUACCUGGAGGUCUCGACUCUGGUCAGCAAGUACCCGGACAUCAGGGAUGACCACAUCGGGGCACUGUUGGCCAUGCGGGGGGACGCUAGCCGGGACAUGAAGCAGACCAUCAUCGAGACACUGGAGCAGGGCCCGGCCCAGGCCAGUCCCGACUACGUGCCCAUCUUCAAGGAUAUCAUGGUUCCCAGCCUCAACGUGGCCAAACUCCUCAAGUAGCCCGUGUGACCCCGGCCUUAGGCGGCCGCGGGGUCAGAAAGCACUGCCCUUCCACCCCCCGACGCUGCCCUAUGUGCACACUUCCCAAACUGCUGUCAGAGACGGACAGCUUCCUGCCCCCACCUCACUGGUGAUGACGUUGCAGGCCCGCGCAGAAGCCACUUUCAGGUUUCAGAUGCUUGAGCUCAAGGUCAGGCCUCCCCGGGAGUAGACCUGCCAGCAGGCAAUGCGGUGGGUGUGGCUGGUGAGCCCGCAGGCAGGUGGACGAUGCCAGGAGCGCCCGCGAGUGACUCUUACACCAAGCAAAUUACAGACCUGCACCUGAGGUUAACAGGGAGCCUCGGGGGAGGUCUCGACUCCAGCACUGCCCUGCUGGGCACGCUCUUGGCGGCCGCACUCCACGGUGGCUGCGGGAUGGCUCCGGCGUUCGCCCCUUCUCCUUGCAGUGUGUGGGUGCUGGGCUGCUCUGAGGGUCUCGUCCUUCCUUACGCAUCUGGAACCAGAGUGGAUGCCAUGCUGUUUCCUCCUCACGAGAGGCAGAAAAUUCGCAUGGAGGGCUCUCGUCUUGGAGGAGUUACAUACAAUCUUGGAGACGUGAGAGACGGUUCUCACAUCCGAUCCUGGUGGGAGGGCUCUCUUCUUGGAGGAUUCACAGCCUAGAUGGAGACGUCAGAGAUGGUUCUCAUGGCCGAUCCUGGCACAGAAGAGACUCUCCCAGACUUCCUGUCAACUGCUGUCUGCUAGCACACGCGUCAGUCCAGUCCAGUUCCUGCUUGACAAGACUUAAGUGUAUAGGAUUUAGUCCUGUAUGGUCUCUGAAUUAAUAAAGUUGAGUGUUAGCAGUCAUUAGUUAUUGCCCCUCAAGAUAAUGAAAAUAAUUUGUUUUUCCACUUAA